CCGAAAUACGGUUUCAAUUACCUUCAAACAACAAUUUCCGGAUAGUACCCUGAUCGACAGAUCCGAUUGCUAUUUUCAUUCGAACAUGUUUUUGCAGAAUUCGGAGACGAUUAUUGAAGCUUAUUGAAGUUCAUAAUCAAAACUAUUGCACAAUUUCAUUACUUACUGCUAAUAUAGCUUGUUUGUGGUGAUUGUAUCAAGAUAAGAUGGAGGACAUGUUAGUUGCAAUCCUUUCGAUGCUUCUUAUUGUUGCUUUAAUUCCACUUUACCUAUGGAAACGCCGUCAGGUCCCGCAGUCUCAGGACGAACAAGACGAACCUCGGAUUCAGCAAAGGGAAACUGUUGUGCGACCUACUGGUGCUCGUAGCAGGAUGCGUAGAAGGAAUACUUCUGCAGCAAGCACAUCUUCUGCUCCACCACAAGCUGUAGAAGAAACUGAAGAUGGAAGUGAUGAAGAAGCUGUUGAAGGUGAAUAUUACAAUGCAAAGACAUCAAAGAAGAAAGGAAGGAAGAAAGAGGAACGCCAAGCACAACGCCAGGCUGAAGAGGCUGCAAGGGAGUCAAGAAAUACAAAACAAGAUCGUUACGCAGAGAUACGAAGGAGGAAGGAUGAAGAACAUGAAGCAAGAGAGCGAAUGCUGGAAGAGGAAGCUGAGGCCAGAAAGGCGAAAGAGGAGGAAGCUGCAGCCUUAGAGUUUGAGAAAUGGAAAGGAGAAUUUUCAGUAGAUGCUGAAGGUACUACUGAAAAUGAAGUUCAAGAUGGGACCCAAGGCUUGCUUUUUGAUUUUGUGGAGUACAUCAAGAAACAGAAAUGUGUUCCUUUGGAAGAUCUCGCUGCAGAAUUCAAACUAAGGACUCAGGACUGUAUCAACCGAAUCACCUCAUUGGAAGACAUGGGGAGGUUAUCUGGUGUGAUGGAUGAUAGAGGAAAAUACAUAUACAUUUCCCAUGAAGAAAUGAAGGCAGUUGCUGACUAUAUAAAGCGUGAAGGAAAAGUUAGCAUUGCACAUCUAGCAAACAAAUCAAAUCAGUUCAUAGAUUUGGAACCAAAAACACCUUUAUUUGAGGAUCUAGCAAUUCAGGAUGAAAUUACAGUUGCUUGAUGCACAAAGUUAGAUCAUAUAAUGUGGAAUGAUUUACUUGUGAAAUUUUCAUAACCUCUGGAUUUUUGUGUUGGAAAAGCUUCUACAAGUCGUUUUAAUUUUGUCCAACUUCUAGUUAGUAACAUCUUAUCCAAAAACACACGACAAAAUACGAAAUGUCGAAAUCCAAUAGGUACGAAUUUUUGUAUUUGAACACUAGAAUAUUAAAAUAUUUUAUUAAAAAAUGGGUCUCAUGAUCUCACAAUAAUAGACCCUUCUCACCUGAACCUUUCCUUAUAUAUACACUUAUAGAAGGGAGUUGUAAAAAGAUUAUAAGACAAUUAUUAUAGGUGUUGUAUCCAGUUA